AUGGCUUCGUACUACCACUUCAACACCCACCAGCAACAUCCCACACCUGCAACAGCCUCGGCUGUCUCCCACAACCACCAUGGCGGCCGGAAUCGCCGGGGCCCGAGGCUCUCCGUCUCCCAGAACUCGCAGCACAAGCAGUUCAGGGGUGUCCGAAGUAUGAAGGAGCUGUCCGAGUCCCAGUCCGUGUCGAGCUUCCGCUCCAAGUACGAGCUCGGCCGUUCCUUCGAUCUUGAGGACGAUCUGGAGUUCUGCCCCGGCCUCGUCACCGAGAGCGAUACUGACAACCCGGACUCGCAGUUGGCUUACAGCGGUUCUGAACGAUCCUCUCUCGCCAGCAACUCCCCCACUGGAUCUCCAACACAACAACCCCAACAGGUUGCUGCUUCCUACACACUGAACUCAUCCUCUCCCGCAUUCCUGCCUCCGUCUUUCCAGACUCACCACUCUCACCCGAAAAUACAUCAGCCUGCCGCCACCAGGGCCCGCAAUGCCAUCCCAAUCAUCAACCCUGCCAACGGUCAAGGUCUGACAAUGCCCUCGCCGCCAUCGUCGGUCUCGCCCUCGGUCCGGAUGCAGCAGAGCCUUCGCUCCCGCUGGUAA